UGCACGGUUUAUACAUUCGCAAUACCGCGCAUGGCUGCAUUGGUCAAAUUGGCGGGAAAAACCUGAAGAAUGUAGUUUACCGAGCAAAAUGGUGUCGGAAGAGUCGUUAAUUUCGUGUCUCUGUGAUUUAGGUUGUGAUGUUCCAGACAAAUCUGUCAUUGAUAGAUGUGUUCAGCUUUGUCAUGCUUAUAACAUUGACGAAGAAACAUUUGUAGAAUUAUGGGUUUCGUACACUGUUUCACAUUCUAUAAAUAUUAGUCCAACGCUAGAUGAUCUUAAUAAGUUAGAAGAAGAAGAACUUAAAAAAGGUCAAGAGAGUUCUAUUGAAACUGUUUCACAUGCAAUAUCUAAUAUAGAAGUGGAUAUACAGACUGACCAAGAAAUCACUAAUAAUGUUUUGGACAUAUACAACACUGGACCAUCUUCUUUGUUGAAGCAUGUUAAAAGAGCGAGAAGUCCGACAACGGAAACCGGAAACGAUACUAAAAUACGAGCGGUGGAUCAAACGUUUUCGCCAUCAACUUAUAGUUCAAAAACAAUUGUGCCUAAUCGUGCCCCAAGUACUCUCGUUAGAGGCAAAGUUCUUUUGAAUUUUGGCCCAGAUGUACACAUUUGGAAGAAACAAAACGAAUAUGAUAUAUCGAUCGCAAAGGCUGAUAAUCCUCACGUACCCAAAGAUGUGGUGUACAUGUACGAAAUGCUGUCCAAACAAGGGGCCGCUCUUGCCAGCAAUUGUGAAAGUUUUGGUGAGCGACUGUGCCACAUUUGGAACGAAAUGGGACCCACAGAGGCCAACGUGCGUUACGUGAGAAACGUAAUAUCCGUGAGCCAAACACCGUUUAGAACAUGGGGCAGAAUAUCCACCAUGAUCGAUAAAUCAACUGGUACUAAGGUGGUUAUGCUAGAAGGUUGCAAAAAAUGUAAGGGUGACAACAAUGCGCCUAUUAUUCGACUAGAUCUCAGCGGAAUCAAGCACUAUUCUGUUUUUACGGGACAGAUAGUUGCGGUGGAAGGUAUUAAUACCGCGGGAAACGUUCUAAUUGCGAAGGAAUUGUUUCUAAAAGGCCACGCACCUCUAGCAGCUACUCCAAAAUUAUUAAAAGAUUUGAGAGUGUAUGUUGCGGUUGGUCCAUUCACACCGUCUGACAAUUUAAACUACCAGCCGUUAUGGGAUCUCAUGGAACGCGUCGUAGAUGAAGAGCCGAAUAUAUUGAUCUUGAUUGGUCCUUUUAUAGAAUAUACGCACUCUGAGAUUAAGAAGUGUACCUUGAAAGAUACUUUUCAAGAGUUUUUUGAUAAAAUUUUGUCGAGGGUCAUGCAAUGUCUACAAGGGAGAUCUACGCGGGUCGUAGUAGUAUCUUCCAAUCGAGACGCACAUCACGAUCCCGUUUAUCCGACGCCGGAAUUCACCAUAUAUACAAACAAAAUUGGAUCAAACACCGCGAAUCUAUGUUCCAUGCCAGACCCAUGUAUAAUAAACGUUGAAGGUUUGCAAAUAGGAAUAACUUCCGUCGAUACUCUCAGACAUUUAGGACAGCAAGAAAUAUCGAAUACUCCCGGCAUGGACAGACUCGGCCGUUUAGCUGAUCAUGUAUUAUCCCAAACGACGUUCUAUCCUUUGUACCCUCCUUUUUCAGGGUUGAACUUUGAUACUACUCUUUGGCAAAAUUAUGCAUGUUUUGAACAACAACCGCAUAUCAUCAUUUUACCCUCCGAUGUUAGAUACUAUUGCAAAAUAGUCAACGAGUGUCUUGUUUUAAAUCCGGAACGAUUGCAGAAAUAUAUCUAUGCCAAGUUGUGCAUACGACCAGCCAGUAACGGGAAAUGGGAUCCAAAAAAUGUAUCCUGUGAAAUUGCGAAAGUUUAAGUUCGAUUUUGUUUACAUUUUUUACCUUCCUUUGUGUUUUACAUUCCUGCGUAUUUUGUUUUAAACACUAGUGCCAAAGAUAAUAAUUAAGAUGCAGUCUUGCACGUGUUUUCGCGUUGUUUGUCAAAGAAUUGACAGUGUGUUCAUAAUAAAAAAAAAAAAAUU